ACCGACGCACUCGCUGCACUCACGGGUCCGGCGCGUAACGUGCGUUUCGGUUAUAACGACGACGGCGACGACUACGAUACGACGACGACCACUGCGACGGUGAAAAUCGAUGAUGAUAAUAUUAUUAUAAUUAUUAUCGUAUUUGCCUCUGCUGCUGCUGCUGCUGCCCACGAAAUCUGCGCGAGUUUUCGGCGGACGGCGCUCACACGCUACACUUACAGGAUCAUAUGGUGUGAUAUCAUGAGUUCUACGGCUUCACAAAUUAGUGACUUCAAUUUAUUAAGACGAUGUGGCAAAAGGUCGUCAAAGAAGAACAACUCGACCAUCGCGGAGCUGUAUAACAAUUUAUACGCCAGUCAAAUGGUGGCAGCCGACCAAAGGGCCAAAAUGUCGCCUCAAAGAACCAUUUCGCUGGGUUCGUUACAUCAUCCACCACCAACUCAAUUUAUGGAACCCAGACUCUCACAACUUGAAACAUUAGAAGCUAAGAUGGCUAGCAUUGAAGUCUCGCUGUCUACAACGCUGAAAAAAACGAAAAAGAGUUCAACUCCUAUCAUACCGAGUAGCCCCCAACCGCCGACGAUUGCACAAAAAACCAUAACACCUGUCAAAAUCAAUGGAUAUAUGACGGACAACCACGAUAAAGAAAAUAUUGCGCGAAACAACGUAAAACUUCAAACUCAUCUAGUCAAUGAAACCAAUGAGCAGAACAAAUAUAAUCAAAAAGUACAAAGCGAUACGGUCAACGAGAGUGAAAAACAUUCGCUGACCCAAAAAAUAGAAAGCCUAAAAAAUGACAUGGACCAAAAACGAUUGACUAUUAAAAACAUAAAAAUGUCACUGGAACAAUUAGAUGUUACCGAUAACAUUGACACGAGGAUACAACAGGCGGAGUUGGAAUAUCAAUUGGGCAGGGAGGAACUUAACCUUCUUAGUCUAAUGGAAGAGACCAACAAACACAAGUGUCGUCUCGAAGAGAUUGAACAACACAAUGAACAAAAUGAAAAUAACACUCUAUACAAUUAUUUAGUUUCUAAUCCCGGGGCCGUGAUUAGCUUACAAGCUGUAGAGCUGGAAUACGAUCCAAAAAGCCCUAAGUUUGGCGUGGGUUCGAGAAAAGAUAAGCCGGGCCUGUUUAUUGACUGGACAGUUAAUGAUUUGGGAUUUUCUAAAGGAGAUAGAUUACUGGAAGUGAACGGUAAAGUAGUGUUGUCGAUGAAGAACAACCACGACCUGAACCGACUGCUGGAGGUAUCGCCAUCAUCCGUGCGCGUGGUGGUCAUGCAUGACGGACCGUCGGCCAAACACCAAAUGGAGCUGGUGACGCUCAGGCGGGAGCUGGACGCUUGCCGGACCCGGGCCGAGGAAAUGGACCGGUCCAAGCACGCGUACAAGACGGAAAACGUGAGGCUGUCGCACAGGGUGUCGUACUUGGAGGAUCAGGUGUCGGAGCUGAUCAAGUGCCGGUCGUCGUCGACGGCCUCGAACGGCGUCGGGGGCGGCAGCGGCGUGGUGUUCCAGAGGGGCGCCAACUCGGCAGUGAUGGUUCGGAGCAAGAGCCCCAAGCACGGCGUGUCGGCCAUACAGCAGUACAAACGCAAACAGGUGGUGUACGACGAUCGGCCCGCGGCGGUGAGGGCCCCGGAAGGGGGGCCAGUGGUCAAGACGCGCAUCCGGACAGUGCCCCGGCUGUACGGCAGUUCGGCGUCGGUCGAGUCGCUGGUGUCGUCGUCCGACGCCGUGGUGGCCGCCUGCAAAUCGUUCGACGACCUGCAUGGCGUGGCCGAGGCGCACGGCAAACGAAACAAGUAUCCGGCGGCUGGUGGCCGGAACAGCAGCAGGACUCGACACAUACGCGAGGCCCAGCAGACGUUGUUCCGGUUCCUCGACUCCGAGUCGUCCGGCGGAGGUGGCACCGCCCCGUACCUGCUUCAGCAGUGCGGCGGCGGCAGUCUGAAGUCGCUCGACUUGCAGGACACGACGGCCGCCGACUCACACCGGUUGAAGAGCACCGAAUAUUACUCGCACCUGACCGCGGCCGGGGCGACCUCCUCGUCGGCCGCAGGGUCGCCGCGACCCAGCCGGUCGCUCAACUACGAUUCGGAACAGUCGGGCCGGCGGGCCCCUAUGCCGCCCAAAAAACCGUUGCGGCUGUCGCUGCAGCAGCGACAGAGUAACAGCAGUGCCGCGGCCGGUAAAAACGACGCCAAAAACACCGCAACGACGGUCCACGACAACGGCGGCGACAACGACAAUAAUGUCGUCGUCAGACUUCGCCACAAUCACCAACGUCGCCGCCGCAACGAAGACGACGUCGACUUGUCGGCCAUAAACAACACCAUGUCGUGAAACCCUCCUCCACCUACUACCUAUACCUAUAAAUUAUUUCGUGUACAUAAGGUUUUUUUGUCUGUUUAAUAUUAUAAAGUUAAUUUAUUUUCCUAAUAUAAUAUGAAUUUCGUUUGAACGUGUAUGGUUCCCUUGUGUUUGCAUUACACCUACUACAAUUAUAUAUCUAUAUACCGAUGUCAAUAUCGGUAUUUUCGAACUCUCUGUGAAGGUGUAGGCGUGUACCGGCUACAACUCAUAAUUUGGGUGUGUGGGUGCUGUAGGUAUACCUAUAUAAAUUAUAAGCUAUUAAUGGCUUAUUUUCAAUUUCGGCGUUUAUAAAUUAUAAGACAGCUGUUGAGCUGUAUAUACCUAACAAGGAAAUUUUUUUGUGGGGCGGCUGAUAUGGAUAUUUGCCAAUAAUAUCAAGAAUAUGGUUUCCCUUUGGUAAGUUUAAUAUUGUUGCCCAAUUCUUUCAAAUUAUCUAAAGCAAGUGCAUUUUUCAAUUCUUCAAUAAUAAUAUUGUUUUCUUCGUUUUCUGUUUCCAGAGCAGUUUCGAUUUGAACCUCCUAAAUAUUAAAAAUUAAUAUCGAUUUAAUGAUGUUAAAUUAUAUUAAGUACUUACCUACCUGAACAAAUAAUAAAAACAAGUCUCUAAUUAACUCAAGAAGUAUAUGCUUUCAAAAUACGUCUCACAAAGCAAUUAAUUGUAACAUACCUACCUACCUAUUAUUAUACAACUUGACUUGAUAUACCUAAGUAAUUUAAUAUAAUAUUUUAUGAUACCUACUAAAACAAUAAGCAUAACAAUCACACAUAAUAUAUUGAAUUAUUUACAUGAUCCUCCUUGUUUAAGUACCCGUCAUGACGUGAUCGUGACAAAAAUAAUUGUUUUAAAUCCAUUUUUCAUACUCUGGAAUGUAGUUUCUUCACAGGAAUUAAAUGGUAACAUAUUAUAUUCAGAUCUAAACGAUAGCUGGAAUCUAACACAAUAAAUAAUAAUUUAAGUCCAAAUACAUUUUUUUCCCUUUCUCCUUAACAGUUAAUAAGUAACAGUAUACUUAUGAGUGUACCUAUAUAAACACAUAAAUGUAUUUAUUAUACUGAUUAUAUAUUUUUGUACAAACAAUAUACGUUUAUGUAGUACCUACAGACCUAAUUGUAGUGGUCGGGAGUAAGGUGCUAAUUGUAUAGCGACGCUACAAUAUAGCACGUUACUAUUUAUUUGUAGCGAUUGACGUAGCGUCGCUACAUUUUGCCUUAGACAGCGAAAUACUAUAGCGCGCUAAAUAUUUCUGCGUAGCGAAAAUUAUCAUUAUUUUGUCGCUACCUACAAUCUAGUUGGUGAUUAUUAAAAUAUCAAUUAUGAU